AUUACUUCAUAAACUUUUCUAUGUUCUGACUUCGUGUUUAUAUCAGUAAGUUUUUCAAACAGGAAAUGGAGCUUUCCCUUAUUGGACUUCAGAAUGCAGGGAAAACAUCUCUUGUUAAUGCUAUUGCUACGGAAGGCUAUACUGAAGACAUGAUUCCAACUGUUGGAUUCAAUAUGCGAAAGGUCACAAAGGGAAAUGUAACCAUAAAGCUUUGGGAUCUUGGUGGGCAAAGGAGGUUUCGCACCAUGUGGGAGCGAUAUUGUCGUGGUGUCUCUGCAAUUCUGUAUGUAGUUGAUGCUGCUGAUAGAGACAGUGUUCCUAUAGCUCAAAGUGAGUUGCAUGACCUGCUCAUGAAACCAUCCUUAAGUGGGAUUCCUCUGUUGGUUGUUGGUAACAAGAUUGACAAGUCUGAAGCUCUUUCCAAGCAAGCAUUGGUAGAUCAACUGGGGCUGGAGUCCAUCACAGACAGGGAGGUCUGCUCCUACAUGAUUUCAUGUAAGGAUUCUAUAAACAUAGACGCUGUUAUCGAUUGGCUUAUCAAACACUCGAAGACUGCUAAAUGAUUCCAUUCCAAAGCUUUCA